GUGCCACCCGCAGAGAUGAAAUGUGAGCCCCCGUGGCCGAGGACACGAGGACGCUGGCCGCCGCCUUGCCCGCCGCCCAGCGCCGCGGGGAGAGACAAAGAGACCUCGGCCCCAGCGCAGCUCCGCGCGGCCCCGGGCUCCCCUCGAAGCCUCCCAGGGCAAUGGCCAGGGCUCCGCGCGACCCCGCUCCCCAGAGCGCUGCCCUCUCGGUCUGACCGCCCUCCCGCGCCCCCAUCCCCUCCCGGUCCGGGCUCACCCGCGGCUCCCAGCCCUCUAUACACACCGGUUUGUCUGUCUCUCUGUCCGUCUGUCCUGGCGCGCAACCUCCGGCCACCGGCUUGGAUGGACGCGCGGAGGCUGCCCGGGUGUCCAGGGGUCUUGCUUCCGAAGUUGGUCCUGCUCUUUGUUUACGCAGAGGAUUGCCUUGCUCAGUGUGGCAAAGACUGCAAAUCUUACUGCUGUGAUGGAACCACGCCCUACUGUUGCUCCUACUAUGCCUAUAUUGGGAAUAUUCUUUCGGGCACAGCAAUUGCUGGCAUAGUAUUUGGAAUCGUAUUCAUCAUGGGGGUCAUUGCUGGAAUUGCCAUAUGCAUCUGCAUGUGCAUGAAAAACAACCGUGGGACUCGGGUGGGUGUCAUCAGGACCACCCACAUCAAUGCCAUCUCCUCCUACCCUGUAGCACCGCCCCCCUACAGUUACGACCAUGAGAUGGAGUACUGUGCAGACCUGCCUCCUCCAUACUCCCCCAGCCCAGCACAGCGUUCUCCACCCCCUCCUUAUCCUGGAAACUCAAGGAAGUAAUCCUUCUCCCAGAACAGAGUAUGUGCCAAUCAGAGCUCUUGCCCGGAAUAAAAUGCCUCUACUCAGAAGCAGACAGGAAAGAACUGCCCUAAAGAAUACUCUUUGGGGUCAGAUAAUACGUCGAGUGGAUUGCCCAGGCUAACAGAUACAGCUUUCUGCCCCACUCAGGGCUGAUCUCAUCGGGAGUAUUACGCUUGGUUCAGUGGGACCACAUCUGAAAAGAUCUACUUGAUCAACAUAAGCUCACUCAGAAAAGAGUAAUGGAUACACAAGACAUUUGAAAUUCAUGUUUCUUAAAGAACCGGUGAAGAAAAUGGCAGUAGUGCUCCUAAAAAGAGAGAGAGAGAAGAUUUCUGUAAGAGCAGAGCCUGGACUAUUUAAGGAAACAUUUCCAUUCUGUGCAGCCUUAAAAGCCAGAACUAGAAGUAUUCAGUCUUUUUUUUUUUUGUCUUCAACAAAUGCAGAUCAAGUGCCUGAGAGCCUACUGUGUGCCUUAUACUGCUGGAAGCACUGGAUCAAACUGACAGGAAGGGAACUUUGAUUUCAAUAUCAGAACGGACAGUUGGAGCUUUCUUCUUGACGAGAGUGUGUUGUGAAGCUCCCCGUCACCAAGACUUCAAACCUGACUUCAAACCUAUCUGGUAGAGACACUCUCUAGAAGGGAUGGUGAAAUCAAAUGGCAGAUGGGUUCACUGGGCCCCUAAAAUUCUGCUCCUGUUUUAGGUAGAUGUGGGGUGAGUUUCUAUGUCACCAAGAAUGAAAUCAACAGGAAUGGUUGAAUCUUCUCUAUUUAAAUUGAGACUUAAAAUCAAGGGGCCGUCACAGUUGCUUGAAGCCAAGAACUCUUCAGUGCUAGUCACUUAAAACUCAUCCAACUUUAUUUAGUCUGUUAUGAUACAGGUUAUUCCAACUGUGAAAAAAAAGAUUUGUAGCAAGUUCCACAAGCAACAAGUGCUUUAUUCCAGAUAAAAAUACAAGAACCCAGAUAUUCCCUUGGGAAUUUACAUCAAGGGGUAAAAAUCUCAGAACUUGACCAGGAAGAUAUACGAAGAGGGGAAAAAAUGAAGUUUGAAUUCUGCUCUGCGAAAACUCCAUUCAUACGUAGUUUAGACAAAUUUCCAUUUCUCUUAUAAUAUUUUAAUAAUCUAUUCUCUUGAAAAAAGUUAUAUGGUUAGUGGAAAAGUAAGAUAUUGACAUCAAACGGUUGCCUUUUGCCAAAAUCCAAAUUUUAUGAAGUGCCUACCUCUAGGUGUAGAAGCUUUUAAUAAGUAAUUCUAAUAUGCCAUACUUUGCUGCAAGUGACCUUAACAUUUCUAUUUUUAUGUGGGGUCCUUUCAUGUAUUUUAAAGUGUACAUUGAGAAAAUAUUGGGGAUAGAUGGUCAAAUGUGCGUGUCAUUUUGCAAUUAGACUUAAAAUGUUUAAUCUAACAUCAUCAUCAUCAUUCAGUGAAAUCUCAAAAUGAUGCUAAGAAUUUUGCUGAAAAAAACGAUUAAAAGAAAUGUCUUAAGGGAAAAAAAAUUAUAGCUCUGUCCCUGUAGUUAGGAAACUCAGUAGUUAAUGUAAGUGGCAUCUUUUACUUUCAGAUACGUUGACUGAAAUACGGUCUAACUGCCAGUGAGAUCUGAAAGCUCGAUUUGUUUAGUACGACUUGCUUGAUUGUUAGGCACUGAUGAUUUUCUUGCUUAUAAAGACAGAGAGCAUUCGGGCAUUCCAGCUUAUCCUAGUAACUGAGAUUUUAGCACAGUUUUAGCAGCACAUAUGCUUUAAUUUAUCUCUCUUCUGCAAGUGUGAUCAGACCCAAUUACACCGCAGCUACACAACUCAAAGUGCCAGGGCUUCUGUGACAUUCAGAGGAUGCUUCCCAGUGUGCCAUAUAUUCCUUAAGAAAAAUGGAGAGGAAAAGUCCAGCAGAAAUUGAAUUCUCAUCAUCUUCGCUGUCAAAAAAUGUUUAUUGCGUACCUCCUGUGUUCUGCAAACAUUACCCACACAGGAGCUAUUACAGUCCACACCAUCUCUCUUCUUUGAGUUGUUUUAUGGCGUCCCUUAAGGCACAUCACAAACCCACAGGCCUACAAUAGAUGAGUAUGUUUACUGUUUGUAUUUAGAGUCAUGAUAGCAUAAAUGUGCACAAUAUCGGGACAGACUUUUGGAGUUCACUGAUUAUUUUCAUAGAUGAUACAUCUUGGGGGAAAACAGUCCAUGGUGUGAAAGCUUUCAGUUACAUUUAUUUAAAAACUAAUGUAUUUGCUGUGGCCAAAGUGUUUACAAUAAGCAAUAAAAUGAAAUAACCCAUUUUAACAAGA